AUGAACCCCGCUGACCUCACCAUCUCGCCUUACCAGAGCAAGGUCGCGCCUGCCGCGUCGUCCUCGGGGCAGAAGAAUGGCGCGUCCGGGGGAAAGGUGCAGGUGGAGCGCGUGAAUGUGGAACCCAUGUACAAGCAGCUACAAAAGGUCCUGGGAAAAGAUUGGGAGGCGUAUCGCACCGCGCUGAAGGAUUUUGUGCUGGGAAACCUCUCACAGAAUGAGCUGUCAUACUUCCUCCAGCCCAUGUUUGUCGCUGCCGCCGCAGCCGCUGCAGCAUCCUCCUCCACGUCGUCGAGCUCCAGCUCUGCCGCUGUAGAAUCGUUUCGGACGCCAGCUGCUGUCACCAACCUCCACAACUGUUUCUUCAUUUCCGUCUUCUCCAACUGCCAGCGCGAUCCACCGCCGACUGAAGUAGCGCCAUGGGUCGUCGCGACCGACAAGCCCACGGCCACCGCCAAAAGUGCCGGUGCCGGAUCGGGCGCCAAUGACAAGGCCGAGGAGCGUCUGAGACAUGAGGUGAUGCAUGUGCAUGCCCGCGAUCGCAAGCGAAUUAAGCUGUCCAAGGAACCCGCAUAUCCGGUCAACGAUGGCCUCCGAGACAUGCAAGAGUACCGCAACGAGCUGGGCAUCCAUCAACGACAGCAAGCGCAACAGGUAGAACCGCAGAGUGCGACUGGCACUGGUCCUUCUGGUCUUGCGAAGACGAACUGGGAUGUGGAAAUUCGCCGUCGCUACGCACAGCCUCUCGCCUCUGAGCUGCUCGAGUUCCCAAGCCUACACGAGAUUCAAUCUCGAAUCGAACCCAUUUGUUACGAAGAAGGUCUCACGAACGGUGUGCAGCAGGGUGCAAUGCAAGCAUGUGCAGAAUUGGUCGAACAGGCCACCGAAGUCUGCGUGAAGGAAAUGAUCGGCGCACUCCUGAAUCAAGUUCGCAGCAACGCGGUAGGCGGCCGAGGAGGGAUUCAGACGACCAAGUUCCAGCGCCAGCUCAGAAAGGAAGAAGAGGAUGUCGAGGUGGGUAUCGUGCAGCGUACGGCAGGUGGUCUUCUGCCCGUAGAGGUGGAAGCGCAGCUCAAGCAGAAACCAGUGAGCAUGCAAGAUCUUUCGUUGGCUGCAGGUCUUUCCAACACUUAUUUGCGGCGAGAUCGAUUCCUGCAAGAGCGUGUUCAUUUGCACAGGUACCCGCAACAAAGCUACAAUAACGUCAACGGACACGGCAGUGGAAAUCCCUUCGGGUUGGUGAACGGAGCUGCAGCAGACCAUGACCAAGUUUCAGAGGAUGAUGAUGCAAUGGUGAUUGACGACAACGAAUACGGUGCUCUCAAGGGUACAGACGAGACGGAUUAUCAGGGAGCUAUGAGCGCGCUUGACGAGUGUUUGCAGAGCUCUGUCGGAUAG